UAAACGACCAAUAGGAGUCGUUCAGGGGCGGGGCUUGAGUGUUUACUGUUUCAUUGACUGUUAAUCGUUGGAUAUGUUGACAAGAUGGAGUUCUUGCUGGGAAACCCAUACAGUACUCCGGUUGGACAGUGCAUUGAAAGGGCCACAGAUGGCUCCCUGCAAAGUGAAGACUGGACCUUGAAUAUGGAAAUAUGUGACAUAAUCAAUGAAACAGAAGAUGGGCCUAAGGAUGCUCUAAGAGCUGUGAAGAAGAGGCUUAAUGGGAAUAAAAACUACAGGGAGGUGAUGCUUACACUGACGGUUCUUGAGACAUGUGUAAAGAACUGUGGUUAUCGGUUCCACGCGCUCGUCACCACCCGGGACUUCAUUGAUGGCGUUUUGGUGAAAAUUAUAUCUCCUAAAAACAACCCACCCGCCAUUGUGCAGGACAAAGUACUAGCUUUGAUACAGGCAUGGGCAGAUGCCUUCAGGAGUAGUCCAGAUUUAACAGGAGUAGUCCAUGUCUAUGAAGAAAUGAAAAGGAAAGGUAUAGAGUUUCCACGAUCUGAAUUAGAGACCUUGUCCCCCAUUCACACACCACAAAGGUUGCAAACUGCUCCAGAGUUGGAUCAGCCAAAAUACAGUGCUCCAGUCCAGCCCAAGCCACAGCCUCACCCUGCCUCCGCUCCUCCCUUCUCUGCCCCUGUGACACACACCUCCCCACAGAUGCCCAAUCUGCACAUCUCUGGGCCCAUCAACCCUUCCCCUGAACAGAUUUGCAAGCUGCGCAGUGAGCUCGACAUUGUGCGUGGGAACACUAAGGUGAUGUCGGAGAUGUUGACUGAGAUGGUUCCCGGUCAAGAAGAUCCAUCUGAUCAUGAGCUUCUGCAGGAAUUGAACAGGACGUGCAGGGCCAUGCAGCAGAGGAUAGUUGAGCUCAUCUCACGCGUGUCCAAUGAGGAAGUCACGGAGGAGCUCCUGCACGUCAAUGACGACCUCAACAACAUCUUCCUACGUUAUGAGAGAUACGAGAGGUUCCGAUCUGGCCGAACUGCACAAGGCGUAAACAAUGGGCUGAGGGAGGUCCUGAACGAGGCGACAGAAGAUAACCUGAUUGACCUGGGACCGGGGUCUCCUGCGGUGGUCAGUCCCAGGAUCAGCGCUACUCCUCCGUCCAGCCUGCCUCCCUCUGUGGCUGCAGUUCGCUCUGCCUCUCCAGUCACGCUGUCCUCCAGACUGGCUGGUUUGGAUGUCGGUUCUGAUAGUGUGACUGGCACCUUGAGCUCUUUGACUACCUGUCAACCCCAAGAUGACUUUGACAUGUUUGCCCAGACCAGGACUGGUACCAUUCCUGAGCGGAAGAGUGCACCAUUCGAAGACACAAAGGCUUCAAGUGGAGUGGCCCCAACUUUAGAUGUCAGACAACAAAACACUGGGGCAGCUCUUGACCAGUCCUCUGUCAUGGAUGACAUUGAGGAGUGGCUCUGUACUGAUGUGAAAGGAGAUGAAGGAGAGGAGGGUGUGACAAGUGAAGAGUUUGACAAGUUUCUAGAGGAGAGAGCCAAAGCAGCAGAGAUGGUGCCCACACUGCCGACGCCCCCGAGUGAUGAGCUUUCUGCUGCUUCCGGCGCUUCUGCCAGCGCAAGUAAAAAGUCAGGCAGGUCCGAGGAUGCCCUCUUUGCCUUGUAGAUAAGUGUCAGAUCUUCUGGGGCGGCUCAGCUCUGCUUCUGUGGCAGUGGUGGGUCAGUCCCUUUGCAGAUCCAUCAGCAUCCCCUUUUUCUCUCCCGCUUCCUGCUUCUCCAGCACAAUCAACACUAUCACAGCUGAAGUGAUCAGAACUGUUUCAUGAUCUAGACAUUUUCAUAAUGGACAUUUUCAUACUUUACCAAGUUUUCAUUCCAUUGAAAAUGCUGUAUAAGUUCCACCCUACUCCCUAAAAGAACUCCCUAAAAGCAUAACGUACCACGUGGGUUCGAGAGGUCAAUGUCUAUUUUUUUAAUUGAUAUUUGUGGUAUAAAGCAAGCAAAUUAAUGUAAAGUCUACUACCCGAUCCGGCCAUGUCUAACUUUGUGUUCACUGUGAUCCUGCAUGCAACAGCUGAAUAAUCCUAUUUCUAUUUCCUCAAGGAUAAUCUGUAAAGGGAGCUAAUUAUUGUUAGUUUUUCUUCUUCUUUUUUUUUUCUUCAACUUUAUCUACCAGAAGAUUUGCUUUAAAGGGAUGUUAUACAUAGGAUUAUUUAUUAUAAAAUUUCCAAUUAAUACCUCUGAUGGUAACAGUUCAGCUUUCAGAUUUGAGAAUCUGAAAAAGAUAUUACAAUCUGAUAUUGAAUGAGACAUUAGAGAGAAGUUUUAAGCAUAUUCAUAAUUUAUUAAAAUUAAAACAUUUUGCAAUCUUAAUAUUUAAAAGGCAAAAUGACAUAGAUGCUAUGUUUGUACCACAUUUCUUCAAUACAUAGGUCACAUCAAAGGAAAAAUGAUAUGAUUAUUAUUCCACUGGAUUCUUUUAAAUGAUAUUUUACGUGGCAAAAGCAUUGCCUAUUAGAAAGCAUUAAUAGGAACAAAAAGUAUGUAUUUCAAUUUAAUUUGCACUGAAAGAAUUAUUCGCCUUUCGGCUGUGUUAAAAGAGCUUUUGUUCAAAUACAGAAUUUAAGCUGUCCUUCAUUUCAACGCUGUCUAUUACGAGACCGAAAACAAAUGGAGUUUCUAGAGAACUGAUGGUGACUGCAAGGCAGUUUAAAUUGGAUUUUACAACUGCUGCAGAAGUGGUGUCGAGCUUAGCGUUGUUAUUAAGGAAUGAAAUGGAUCUGCCUUAAAGAACAGGUGGUGGGUAGUUUAAGGUGUAGUCCGCUAAUGGUCAUUUAACGUUUGGUACUCUCAUGUUUGCACACCACAGAUUUGAUUUAGUGAGGUGAAUGUGCUGAUGUAAUAUCUUUAGUUCGAGUGCUGUGUCUCGCUGUUGUGUACAUACUGUUUUGACGGACCAAAUGGUUAACCUUAGCAAAUAAUUUAAGUGUAGAGUCAACUAACUUAAAACAUCCAGAUGAGUUUUAGUUGUGUUUGUAUUUGUGUAAGAUUUUAUUUGUUUAUAUACAGUAGGUGAGCACAAAUCAAAGGGACAGUGCACUUUUGCAUGGCUAAUAAUUUUAUAUGAUUUGUCACACUACAUAAAAUAUGUAUUACAAAUGAAAACAACCCCAGAUCUUUUGAGUAACUAAGCUUUGGCCCGCUUGCAUUUAUAAUUACAGUUCGAUAAUUGGGUGAUUUUGAGUAUCGCCUUCUUUGGCAGAAUUAUUGGGAGUUCUUUAUGCUGUGUUUGUAAAUGUUACGGUUACCGAUAACUCUGGUAGAUCUGUUAAAACAAUUUAAGGGGAAACUGUUUGAGGAGCUAUGACAAGCUGAAGCUGUUGUACAUACAGCACUAUAUCAGGUGACAAUGAUAUUUGGUUUGUUAGUUUGGGUAUUUAGAAGAGCCAAGUAAAAAAAAAAAAAGGGAAGAAAUUCAAGGUUAGCUGUAGCAGGGAUGCAGUCUGUUAAUGCACGAGCAUUAAUACUAAAAUAUUGUGGCUUCUUUUCUUUUGAUAACAGGAGACUUGAGGGAUAUGGCUGGUGGUCAUAAUUGACUUGUUAGUUUUAAGAAAUUUAUAUAUCCCCCUUCACGUUAUUAAUAUGUACACUAAAAUGUAAAAAAAAAAACAGAUUUUACCUCUCAUGGAUGUUAACCAUCCCAUUUAAAUGCUGUUGUUAUUGUUUUUGACACUAUCGCUGACAUGGAAAACGUUAUACAUCCUUGGUUGGCUGUAACUAUCACUUUAUUAUCAACUACCUUCAAUUUCUCAUCAAAUGUGCAAUUUCAUCUACCAAUGCUGCACUACAGUUUGAUUUCAUUUGAAAUGGUUUUGGCUGUACAUUAGCCUCAGAAAUGUGCAGUUUGAGAAUGUAAAAGAAAUUUAUUUUGCAUAUUUUAUUUCUGAAGUCAGUAUUGGUUACUUUAUAUUAGUAUGAAGGAACUGUAAAGAUCAGAAUCCUAGGUUUGGAGUUUCUACUUCUUUUUCUUGUUGCAGUUUGGAGUGAAAACGUUUCACUGACUUAUUUCAAUCAGAUAAAAAUUACCCCCAGCAUAUGGUCAGGUUAUGCCAAUGUCUUCAGUAAAGAAACCCUUUUGUACCUUUGAGAGCAUUUCUUUAUAGGUACGGCACUUUUCUUCUCUUUGAUAUGUAUUUGGAGUUAUGUGUGUGUGUCUAUGUAUAUGUGUGUGAACAACCGCUCCAGAUAUCCUGAUGCAGACACCGUGUUUAUCCUGUGUUUACCAAGGGAGGGGAAGGAGAGAAUCUAGCUUUCCAACAUGACACAUCUCUAUAAAGGAAGUAAAAACUACAGCGUCCGUGCGUGCGUGUGUGAGUGUGAAGGGCUGGCAUAAGCUGUACUCUCUAACCGGUGAUCAUUUCUCUGGUCAAUCUUGGUUUUACAGAUUGUACUGGUGUUGGUCUGUGUGCUUACCUGUUGUUAUACCUCAAGCUGCUCUCUGUACUGUUUGAUUCAUGCAUGUGUUGAACUCCAAUAAAACAUACCAAGAUGGUGAUCUGUUA